AUGGCGCAUGCCUCUGGCUCUGUUCGAAUGUUGGAUGAUGAUGAGAUCGAUCUGCCAAAAAGUGAAUGGUUUCAUAUUGUUUUGGCAGCUUUAGUGAUCACAAUAUGUUUCAACAUAACCGUUCUUUCUUACAGAUACUUUGCCAUAAUUCGCCGAGAAAAAUUGGAUAGAAUGAAUAAAAGCAAGGAAAUGAUUACGGAAACAUGGUAUCUUGAAAAAGAGGUGAUUAAGAAGGAAGCUGAGAACCGCCGCAAGAAGAGAGAAGCUGAGAAGAAAAAGCUUAUUUAG